GCGUACUUAUUCUACUGUUUGCUUUCAUCCUGUUAAGGAAUGUUCUGGAUUUUUAGAUUCAGACUCACCAUAACUUGCUUCUGCUUUUAACAGAAAGCGCUAUUACCUCUUAUUUUUUGCUUUGCAUCGAUUUGUGCAUAAUGGAGUUUCGUUUGCUACCGGAGACGGACUCGUUUUACGAGGUUCUCCUUCGACCAACAUUUGCGGUUUCUUUUAGCGUGAUGGCUACGUUUAUGAUUGUGGCGAACUACAUAAUGGAAAAGUCCAUUGUAGAGCAGAGCAGUGCGCCUGCAGUCCUAGUGAAACGCGAACUCGCUUUCAAUGUGCUCUCCUUCACCUUAUUUGUAGCAGGAAUCACGUACGCGAACUCAACACAAGUCACCCGGGCUAUUGCCCUUGGGCAGAGCCCGCGGAUGAAGCUUUUGCGGCUUCGCUCUCUGCCAUGGCCGCUCCGCGACAUGUGCGGGGCCGAGGGGGAUCGAGCGAUUGUCCCGUUUCUCCUGUAUUCGUUAAUAUUUCCCGGUGCUGUAGUGCUCAUUGCGUUGCAUGCGGCUAGCUUAGUUGUCAACGGGUUUGAGUACGCCCUCUACUGGCAGAUGCCUCUCAAACGGUAUCUUGCAUGGACAAUGCUGUGGCGUCUCGUCAUCACAACAUGUGUUUUUACGACCAAUUAUCUCGCAGCUCACAACCCCACGCAAUCCGUCUUGGUCCCAAGUGCAGAAAGUGACGAUACACAGCAACCGCAGUCUAGAAAAGAAGAUUAA